AAACUCAAAUGGAGAAGGUGAAUCAGCUGACAGACACACGAAGGACUUAUUUUUCCAUGGUGUAAUUGUGUAAAUUGAUUAUAAAUUAUUACAUAAAACAUUUUUAAACAAAAGUGUCCGUGUAAACGAAUACCAAGUUAUGUAUAAAAUCAUCGUUUUGUUAUGGAUUUAUACAAGUGCCUGACAGUGAGCAAGAAUCUCUGAAGCCGUGUGAACCAUGGACACACAUAUAUACCACAUCACCAAAAAAUAUUUAAAGCAUUUCAAAAUAUCAUAAUCCUUGAAGAAAUCUAGUCCUGAUUCUGUUGCUGUUAUAGAGAAAUAUUAUUUACUAAUUUAAACUCAUUAUUUAAUAAUCAAAUUAUUAAAUAAAAAUAAUAUUCCAUUAUAAUUUAUUGUAUUAAGAUGUACAAAUAUUUAUAAUACCAAAGAGUAUAGUUGGAAUAGAAUAUAGAUGUUUAUUGGUGUGUGGAAGUCGGGGGAAGACAGUAGAAAAAUAGCGAAUAAAAACGAAAAGAUGGCAGCUACAAUGGUGGAGACCCCCCCUCCACAGCUCAUCACGACCAUUGAGUGGAGCAUGAUGGACAAAUCAAAGUUUUUCCCCCUAUACACAUUGAGUAGUUUUACUGUGCGAUGUGCGUUGUAUCCGCUGACGCUGAUCAAGACGCAGAUCCAGGUGCAGCGGAAGAAGGAGGCGUACACCGGGGUGUCGGACGCCAUCUCCAAGAUAUACAGGAACGAGGGGAUCUCGGGGUUGUAUAGAGGGUUCUGGAUGUCCAGUUUUCAGAUAAUCUCCGGCGUGUUCUACAUCAGCACGUACGAGGGCGUGCGACACGAGCUCGGCAAGUACGACGUCAACCCCAAAGUCAAGUCGUUCAUUGGCGGCGGGUGCGCGUCGCUGGUGGGCCAGACGGUGAUCGUGCCGUUCGACGUGCUGAGCCAACACCUGAUGGUGCUGGGACUCGUCAAGGGCAAGCCCGACGCGCAUAACAACCCCAAAAUCAACCCCCUCGGCCUGGAGUUGGACCGGCGGUGGACGCGGGCGGGGCUGGCGCGCGAGGUGGCGGCGCGCGUGUGGCGGCGGCACGGCGCGCGCGGCCUGUACCGCGGGUACGCCGCCUCGCUCGCCGCCUACGUCCCCAACUCGGCGCUCUGGUGGGCGCUCUACACGCUGUACCAGGAGGAACUACUGCGGAUCAGUCCUGCAUGGGUGUCACAUCUGUUGCUGCAGUGUGUGGCGGGCACGCUGGGCGGCUUCACCACCACCGUGCUCACCAACCCGCUCGACAUCGUGCGCGCCAGGCUCCAGGUGGAAGGCGUGGGCACGAUGAAGCAGGUGUUCCGCGAACUGUGGCAGGAGGAGGGGCUGAUGGGGCUGUACCUGAAGGGUCUGUCGGCGCGCCUCGUCCAGUCCGCCGCCUUCUCCUUCUCCAUCAUCCUCGGCUACGAGACCAUCAAGCGGGUGUCGUUAAGCGACGAGUACAGGCCGCACGUGCGCUGGUGAAAUAUACGAGUGACGUAGA